AUGUCCGCCUCGAAGAUGAUCGCAUUCAGAGUGCAAAACAUACCGCUCCAGUGGUCAUGGAAAGAACUGACGCGCGCCAUUGCGGCAUCCACUGACGACGCUGACGCCUCGAUAACAACUAUCACCGGGACGCUCUUGCCAGCGCCUGACGCAAGCCUGAGAACCCAAGUCGCGGUUAUUCAAUUCUCCAACGCGGUCCCGCUUUUCUUGGAACCAGUAAAGAAUGACAAGACGAGCGAGAAAACCGCGCAUCUCCGUGCUAACGGCACCGAUUUACGAUUCGAUAAGAAUUUCUGGGGCAUGACGCCCCUCAUCGAUCCAGGCCCAGAGGAGGACGUCUCGAUGGACAUCGUUGCUGUCACCGGACUUGACGGUAACGCAUACGGAUCAUGGGCGAGCAGAGACGUCAACGCCAUCUGGCUCCGAGACUAUCUCAAGGAAGACAUUCCCAAAUGCAGGGUGCUCACCUUCGGCUACAACACAAAGCUCACUAUUGACAACAACUACUGCUUCGAAGACUUUUGCAAGGAGCUGCUGAGCCAACUUCGCCUCGCUAGAUCCUCCCACACGACUCUAUAUCGGCCGCUGGUACUCGUCGGCCACAGCUACGGAUGCAGAGUCAUUGCUCAGAGCCUCUGUCGAUGCAAGCGCUUGGACGAUCCUGAUCUCGACGCAAUACUCACCGCCACCUGCGCCGUGGUAUUCUUCGGGGCGGUCCACCGGGGGAUGGACACCAGUGACAUAGAAGACUACCUUAGAGAUGUCUUUCCUGACCAGACAGCGCGGCGGAAGAUCGUACAGCAGCUCAGAGUCGAUAAUGACGUAGCGCUGCGGGAGCUGCAGAACUUCAUUGACAUCUGCCCCAGAUUCCUGGUCAUUUCCAUCUACGAGCGGCGCCAGAGUCGAAAGCUCGUAAGGAGAGAGACUGCAUCCGGCAGCAGCAGCAGCGCUUCGGAAAAUUCGACUCCAACAACAGCGGAAAAAACGUGGAAGCGGGAUGGCGACCCGUACACGCCAACAACCGAGCAUUCCCAACUGCUGGGACUACCCACCGCCUGGGAGAUCUCGAUACCGAGCGACGCGGACCACUCAGGUAUCGCAAAGUUCAGCUACCCCUCGGAUAGCGUCUACAGAGAGCUUAUCUUGCAUCUGGAAAGGGUGCAGGCAGAGGUAGACUUGAGUGCGUUUCCGUACAUGCCGCUGCUACGAGCAAAGCCCAUUGGAGGGCCAAGACUGGGACCACACCAUGAGCCCGAUCCCAGGAGUUACCAACAGUUCGUCACCACGGCGAACCGAUGGCUCGAUGGCCGUGAGCCCCAAUCCCAAACCUCGAUGGAACCUGAUUUGCAAACGAUCAAUCGCCAAGGAGACAUAAAAAUGUCCCUCCACCCAGCCUUCACACUCCUACGAGCGGCGGCCAGUUGUAUCAGGGAGCUCAUCUCGGACAGGAUAUUUUCCGAUACCGAGUUCCAGCUGCUUGAUAAAGCCGACGAGGUGACUCGAACAGCGCGCUACCACCUCACCAUCAUAGACAAGGCUAGAAACCGGAUAUAUCUAGAGGGAGACAGACGCAGACAAGCGAGGACCGUGAUGUUAAAGCUGAGGGGCCUCUUGGUUGAGCUCAUCCGCGCGCUAGACCUCGCCUUUUCACAAUCAGAUCCUGGGCCCGGAUCCGCCGAGCCCCGUUGCGCCGUGCUACCACCCAUUACCGUCAAGACACUAAUGAUCCUCAUCCCUGCGUUUGGAAACCUCAAUAUCGUCCCGGGCAUGAAAGCGGAAAAGAUGGCAAGCAUGGCCACCGCUUGGAACCGGGACGGCGACGCUCGAGGGGGUGCUUCUGUAGAGUGGGUUCCUUUCGAAUGGCUGCAUUUUCCGGUCGGGGCGGUACCCGAGGACGCCCGGGAUUCGGAAGGCUGGGUUCAGAAAGUUGUGCGCCUGUUUACGAGAGAGGAGGCAAAGGCACUGAGGCUACGGGCGCGGAGAUUCGGAGUACUCAGCCGGGAAGGUCGGCUCGAGAAGGUCAUGGUGGAGUUCCGACCAUAUCCCCCGAGCAUCAGAAUUGGGAACCAGCAGGCAAACACGGCUGGAGGUCCACCAGCGGCAGCCAGCGAUGACUACAAGGCCAGGAAAUGGGCGCUUACGAGUCUCGCCCGGAUGCUGCUGUGGUCGGAGGCUGACACCCAGUCCCCCAGCGCGAGGUUUCCCAGCGUUCCGUUUCGGUGCUUAGCGGACAUGGCAGCCUCGUCGACACCCAGCUUCGCGCUUGUGUUUUCGGCCGAGGGGCUAUAUGCACUUAGCGAAGUCAUUAAGCGACCAUCGAUGAGACCCUCCAUCGCCCAGCGCGUUCAGCUAGUCCUGUCGUAUGCCCGGGCGCUGGCUGCUCUUCACACCGCGUACAUCGUCCACGGUGGCUUCAACACCGACAACCUGUUUCUGCAGUUCCCGGAUGCAGAGGACGACACGCGAGCCGCUGGAGCGCGACCAGUCACUGAGGCAAAGGCUCUGCUCGCUGGCUUCGAGACGGCCCGGAGCUUGGGCGGCACUACGGACAAGAUCGACGUGGAGGAUCCGGAUCUCCGCGCGUACCUGCAUCCGGACCGCCUCGCGCAGGGAUCAGUAAAGAACACGCAGCAGCCCGCCUACGACGUGUUCGGCCUCGGCAUGGUCAUGACGGAAAUCGGGCUGUGGGAGCUUCUUCGCUGCCUCCCCGGCUACCCUCAGUCCUGGCAGUCCGACGGGGAUCGCCAGCGGUUCUGUCGGGCCCAGAGGAACCGCUUUGUCGGGGACACCACGCCCGAGAACCUGGGAUCGCUGUACGCGGGAGUCAUCGCCUUUUGCUUCGGGAAAGGCCCAGAUCCGCUGAUGGGAAGCGAUGCUACGGCGUCAUUCAAACCGAGCGACGAUGACUCCCAAGCCGCGUGGAAGACGCUGCGUGUGGUGGAGCUCAUCCAGGAAUGCGCCCGCCUCGUAUGCGGCUCACCAACUGCAGGUCUCUCACCUUAG